GCGCGCCGCCUGCCCCUCGAAGGUGCCGGAGGCUCGCGGGCACUGCGCGCUGGGGCGGCGCGGAGGCGCGGGGCGCGGCGGCCUCCUUCGCACAGCCCCGCGGCGCGCCCCGGGCUCGGCCGACCCGCCGGGAACCAGGGCCAGGCGGCCUCGCGGCGCACGCUUCCUGGGAGUUACUGAUUAUCUUUGAAGAAACAUGAAGUCACACUCUGUUGUUAUGCUUACUCUAACCAUCCUGGUCUUCCUGACAUGGGUCCCUGUGUCACUGAGUUGUAAUAAAGCACUCUGUGCUAGCGAUGUGAGCAAAUGCCUCAUUCAGGAGCUCUGCCAGUGCCGACCUGGAGAAGGAAAUUGUUCCUGCUGUAAGGAGUGUAUGCUGUGUCUCGGAACCCUUUGGGAUGAGUGCUGUGAUUGUGUUGGUAUGUGUAAUCCUCGAAAUUAUAGUGACACACCUCCAACUUCAAAGAGCACAGUGGAGGAGCUUCAUGAGCCAAUCCCUUCUCUCUUCCGGGCACUCACAGAAGGAGAUACUCAGUUGAACUGGAACAUCGUUUCCUUCCCUGUCGCAGAAGAACUUUCACAUCAUGAGAAUCUGGUUUCAUUUUUAGAAACUGUGAACCAGCCACACCACCAAAAUGUGUCUGUUCCCGGCAAUAAUGUUCAUGCUCCUUAUUCCAGUGACAAAGAACACAUGUGUACUGUGGUUUAUUUUGAUGACUGCAUGUCCAUACAUCAGUGUAAGAUAUCCUGUGAGUCCAUGGGGGCAUCCAAAUAUCGCUGGUUCCAUAACGCCUGCUGUGAGUGCAUUGGUCCAGAAUGCAUCGACUAUGGUAGUAAAACUGUCAAAUGUAUGAACUGCAUGUUUUAAAGAAGGAAAAGAAAUGCAAAUCAAAGCAAUUUAGUCGAAGAGAAAGGUGUAAAAAGCUAUUCAUUGAGGUCUACUGGUUGCACCAGAAUGCCAGCAGGUUAAGGAGAUGUAAAGCAUUUGGACUGAAUUACUUUUAAAGUAUGACAAAUGCAGUAAUGUGUUAAAUUAUGAUUAUAACUGCUCUGUUUGAUUUUACUGUCCACUAACAAUAAGCCCUUUCCUCUAAAUACAUGUACAACUUGGGUGAUAUGAGAAGCAAGUGCACAGAGAAUUCCUUGAAAGAUCUGAGAUUUCUAAUAUAAAGCCUGAUGUCAUUUUCUUCCAGCAUUCCAAAAGCCUUUUGUUUUGAAAGCUUUAGAGCUUGUUAACAUAAGUUGUGAUUUCUUCGUGUACUACGCCUAGGACACUGAGGUUUUACAGUUGGAUGCCAUUUUUCACUGUGUCUUGUAUUGUUUAUCUGGUCUAUAAAUAGGGUUGAUAUUCAGAUAUAUCACCCUGAGAACUCACAUAAAAAUUACUAUAAAAGGCUUAAUUUCAAACCUUUUUCUGUUGGUGUUAGAAAGUAAAUGCUUACUAUAUUUUACAAUUUAAAACUCUUAUAUAGUAGAAUCCAUCCUAUAAUACACAUGUUGGCAAAGCUUUAGGGAAAGUUGCUCCUCUUCCAUCCCCCUGCCCAGAGUGCUGGUGGGGGUAGUGAUGAAGAAUCUUGACCGAGAAUUUCAGGGCACAUCUAUGAGACUGUGUGAAAUACUCUGCUCGGGUAAAUAAUUAGGAAGUUAAAGCAUUUCUCUGACUUAAGGUACAAGGCUAGAGAGCACUAAGAAUGGGAAACAACUGCCAAAUCAGGGUCCUCCUAGAGCACCAGGGACACAACUUGUCCCCUUGUACAGAAAUGUCGAGGCUGAAAGGUGAAGCCACGCACAUGGGACGGAGAGAAUGAGCCGCUCAGCCUCCGUGCAGGCAGAGCCGUGUUCUCCAGUAGAUGAGAGACAGGAGGGCUUAGAGAGGAGAAUUUACAGGUAUGAACAGGGAGGGCUGAAAAUGCUGGGGAUGCUAAGGGGAAACACCUAAAACUAUUUCCAUUAAUUAUUUUGUUGUUUUGUAAUCUUUCUUUUAGGUUUAUAUCUGGAUCAAAUAUUCUUAUUAAGCAAGUGUAAUCAUAUAGUAGGAGGUUAAGAUUAUGAAAUCCAAAAAAAAAUCUCUGUUCAAGAUGAUGUUAACUCCAAAUACACUACAGAGUAUUUUGUCAGCUUUUUAUAUAAUAUUUCAGUAAAAAUAAGCUUAAAUACCACGUGCCCUUCAUAGUAAUAAAAUCCCAAUCUUCACGCUUGAAUCUAAAACAUAAAUAUUUAUAUUACAAAGGCUCUUAACUUUACAAAAUUAUUUUUCUUAAAUAGUACAUAUUUGAAUUACAAGUAACUUUUUAGGAAUACUUCUUUGUAUGUCUAAAUACUUUAGUAUAUAGAAAUAGGUAAUGCUCUUUAGACAGUUUGUAUUCAUUAUCUGAACAGUAGUUAGUUACAAGAUCAUAUGUAAUAUUAUGAUUAUCAUAAAAUUUAAAGCCUUGAUACCUUUUCUGUCCUUUCAGAUAACUCUAAUGAAUACCCAAGGUACUUUAUCUUUUUAGAAAGUUGAAAUUUAGCUCAUGGGUGUAUUCUCUUUUAAUAGGAAAACAUUGGGAUAUCCUUUUCUUACUUUUACCUAGAAUGCCUCUGUUUAAAAGUGCCUUGAAAACAUUUUGGCUCCCCUUCUUCAUUAAUACCUAUAAGGCUGAAGGUUUUCUUGAACUUAAGAAAGAGCAAGUUUUAACGGAUCUGCAGCCAGCUGCUUCAUUUCAAAUUUGCUGUUUUUCAAAGUAAUUUCAUACUAUGAAUAGAGGAAUGCUUUUUUGUUUAUUGACAACAUACUUAAUGUUUCCUUAAUUAUGUCAACAAACUUUUUUUUUUUUUUAGUGAGGAAGAUUAGCCCUGAGCUAACAUCUGUUGCCAACCCACCUCUUUUUGCUGAGGAACAUUGGCCCUGGGCUAACAUCCGUGCCCAUCUUCCUCUACUUGAUAUGUGAGAUGCCUGCCACAGCAUGGCUUGAUAAGCAGUGCAUAGGUUCGCCCCGGGGAUCCAAACCCGUGAACCCCAAGCCACUGAAGUGCAGUGCGAGAACUUAACCACUACGCCACCAGGCCAGCCCCUCAACAAACUUUUUUAACUGCAUUUAUCAUCUUUUUUAGGUCUUCAUUAUUAAAUUUUAAAAUGUAGUAUCUCUUCUGCCCCUACAUUGGGAGGAUAAUUUCUUGAACCAUGUUAUGUUUUUUUUUGUUUGUUUUGUUUUGUUUUGUGAGGAAGAUCAGCCCUGUGCUAACAUCUGCCAAUUCUCCUUUUUUUUUUUCUGAGGAAAACCAGCCCUGGGCUAACAUCCAUGCCUAUCUUCCUCCACUUUAUAUGGAACGCUGCCACAGCAUGGCUUGCCAAGUGGUGCGUCGGUGCGCACCUGGGACCCAAACUGUCAAACUCCGGGCCGCUGCAGCGGAUCGCGCGCACCCGACCGCUUGCGCCACCGGGCGGGCCCCCAUGUUAUGUUUUAACUGAUUUUUCUUACCUCUUUUUCUCCCAACAGAAAUUAUCCCUAAGUGUAAUGGUACUUUUAUAUUCAAAUUUUGCUUAAUUUUUCUGGUUUAUGAAGGGGUUAAGAGAAAGAGUUCACCUAAAAGAUUCUAUUUGCAGUUCUAUAAUAUAUUUCAGAUUUUGAAAGUAAUAUUUUUUUCAAAUAAAAAGUGUAACAUUUGGGAAGCCAGUAGCUCCACUAAAAUUUAGACCACCUAUUACCCUUCUAAACACAGUUCACUUUUAUAUUGAAGCUCUGGUAAAAAUUCUUUUUUUUUUAAAUCAAAAAUUAGGUUGUUACCUUUUUUAUAACUAGGUCAAAAAAACACUAAGUUUAAAUCAGUAUUAUAAAAGCCAUAUAUAUAAAGUUCUUUCCUUUAGUCAGAUAUGUCCUUGCUAGCAAGUUUUCUGUAUGUCUCAUCUGUCCCUCUCCCCCCCCACACUGUAACAUCUAAUUAUUACUAAAACUGUAGUGGCACCAAUUCAAAUGAUAAUUCAAAUAAAAUAAGUCUUAUUUACAGAGAAUGCUAUAAAAGAGAGACCUUCAUUUAGAAAUAUGAUUUCUAAAGUUUCAGAAAACAAAAUUGAUAAGAUGUUAGAAUAUUUGAAUGAUUAUUUAUAUAUCAGAGCAGCAUCAAAAUGGAGAAAAGAAACUAAAGCUUCUGAAAAAUGAGGUAAAUAUAUAAAUAAGCCACAUAUUUAAAGUUUGUUUUUGUGAAAACUUCUUUGAAGAUUUUUAAAAUCUACUAUGUGUUCCCAAGAGUCUAUGUUUAUUGUAUUUUUCAUGAUCUACAACAUAAAAUUAUGUAUUUUUUCUUUGGUUGUCCCUAUAAACAAAAAAGUAUUUUAAUAAAAAAUUGAAAUGAG